AUGGAAUUAGCCAUUGUGAAACGAUAUUUCGUCAGAUCUUCUACCCCCUACAUCCCUAGACUAGCUCGAGCUGUGCAUGGAAAUGCCCAGCCUGCUGAGAAUAAGGAUGACAAGAAAUUUAAUGUCGGUGCGACUUUCCCCGAUGACUUUGAGGACUCACCUUUGAAGUCCGAAAUUCUCCAGAAACGAAAUCCAAACCCGGGGGUUGAUGAGUCUUAUCACCCCACAAUGGAAGAUAUCUACGAAAGUAUCCGAGGAAAACCGGCCACUGAAGGCACGAAGGCAGCUAAACCUGCUCAGGAGGAGCGGGAGCCUGAGUUGGAUGAAAUGUGA